AUGAGCGAGCCAUUCGAAGUCGCGGAGCUGCUGCAGGCGGAAUGGCCCGUGCACGGCCUGGGGCAGAUCCUCGGCGCGCUGCUCGAGGCGGACAUGACCGUCGCCGAGGAGCAACUGACGCAACGUCGGCUCGUAAAGGGAUCGAUGGUGAUCGAGGGCGAGGGUGGGAUACCAGGGGGUGAGAGACUGCUCACGACCGUGCUCAGGGCGUGCCUGUCGUUCGCGGGGAGGAAGCUCGCGGGUGCGCGCGCGGGGGACGACGAUGCCAAGGCAACCUCCAGCAGGGCUGCGGCAUGGUGCACGUGCGCGGUGAACGUCCUGCUGAACGCGCCGGAGGAGGCGGCGAUAUCCUGCGAGACCUAUGAGGUCUUCAGGACGCACUUCGCUCGCUUCCCCGACCUGGGAUCGGCGACGCUCGCGACGGUAGAGCGCGCGAUCGAGAAGAACGAUCUCGGCGGGAAUCCUGCUCGGCUGCUCGUUGCGCUCGCCGUUGCCGCCGCGGGAAGCCGCGACAGGGACGUGAAGAGACGGGCGAUCGGUAGGCUAUCCGCGUUCAUUGGAAACAUGUCGCCUGAUGAUAUCACGGCGUGGGUGGAUCACCUUGACGGCCGCUCGAUUGAUGAUCUUGCCGAGGUUUGCCUGGCGCAGCCGAGCGAGUUGGCUACGAGAGCAAUGCCCGCGAUUGCGCGGCGGUGGCCCGCAAUCCGAGGAGACGCGCUCGUCCUCGCGGCACACGGGGUCGUCGGAGGAUGCCUUCCGGCAUGGAUCGAUAUCUUUGAGGUUGUCGCUCGGUGCUGGCCUUCGAAAGAUGGCGCGCUGCGCGCGGAAGAGGAGUCGGCGGUGGUGUUGGUUCUCGAGAGCGUGGGUGAUUUGGCUUCGUCGCAGUCAGAGAUGACAGCUGUUCGCAUCGCGAGGGCUGCGACGCGCAUCGCCACCGUGUCGUGCUCAUUGGUGUGCGAGGCUGCGGUAGUAAAUAUGUGCACGGGGUUGCUGAAGCGCGGCGUCGUUGAGGCUGGGUGUGCGUUACAUGCAGCAGCUGAAAUAGCGUGCGGUGAUGCGAGCGAGGCACUGGCAAGGUGCUCGAUUGAUUUUUUUGAUAUCGGCUCCUCUCACCAGGACGAUAUCGUCAGAUGCCUGGCUUUCGAGCUGGCGGGAGAGGUCAUAGAUUCAUCCAACACUGGGCUGAAGGAGACGCUCUUGAGAGUAUCGUCCAACGCAGCUUCAGCGGCGUCGCAUGUCGCAGGAGAAAUGUUGCGUCUUGUCAGUGCAAACACGGAAGAAGCCGGGGGACCUAUCGCGGUGUUGGGUAUUGCACCGGGUGCACUGCGCCUCCUGCUCGUGGACGCGAGGGAUAAUCCCGAAAUUGGGGCGGAUACUUUUGCAACGAUGCUAGAUGUCGUGGAUGGUGUUCAAAACCUCACACGCGCAGGGGUCGAGGGCAAGGAAGAGCAGUUUUGCACUCUCAGGUUGUCGCUGGAGGUCAUGAUCGAUGAGGCUGCGAGGUUCUCUGCGUCGUCGCUGAGCUUGCUGAGACACAUCAACUCAAAGCGGUCAACCAGUACGGAACUGACCGACACGACCGCGUAUCUUACCCACCUCCUGGAUGCGCAUCGCACCUUAAUUGCGGCAUCGAGGAGCCAGAUUGGCAACAGGUGCAGGUUGUCCCUUGAGGGAUGUGUGAAGCUCUUGGAUCUCGGCAUUGGACCAGCACACAUCAUGCAUAUGUCAGCUCGCUGCUUACUGGACCUUUCCAUCGAGUCUAGGUACCCGCUGAGUAAACAGAAGCACGGUUCGGUGUUGGCGUGCGCUGAACACGCGGCUGCAGCCUGGCUAUCGCGCGCUCCACAUGAAGCAGCAGCUGCUUUGAAGCUGCUGCGGGGUUGCAUCGUGGUCGCAUCUGCCCGUGGGGGCAUGAACUUCGUCCGCAGCCUGCUUCUCAAGGUCACGAACAGCUCGCAGCGUAUACAUGCAUCUCAGACGGUGGCCAAACGCGUACAUCCGGCAAUGGCGUCCAACUCGUUCGUCGCUGCAGGUCGCGCCGGCAAGCACUCUCCGAUGUGCAGUGUGGCUGCUAUGGUAUGCAACGCUUUCGACGAGCUCCUAUGUCGCACCUCAUUCGACGACGAAGCUGCGCAUGAGUCGGCCGCAGCCAUGCUCGACGUAAUCCACGUGCUGGCGAUCUCAAGCGGUGCGGAAGCCUCGGCUGAUGCUGAAUUUGUCUUGGAUGCGUGCGUGAUUGUUGUUCGCGAUGCCAUCUUUCACGAGCGCAUGAAGCCGGAACUUGCAAAGAAGGCGUUGGAGGUGGUGAUUGAUCAUUACAAGCGCGUGGAUUCCCUCCCGGUGCGCGUAGUCAGCUUCUCCGACGUUCUCGUCGAUGCAUCUAGACACGUGACUAAAGGCCGUCUCUUACUCGCCCUUCUGUGUCUAUUGGAGACAUUGGAGGCUGACCUUGCGGAGCUGGCUAGUGUUGAUUACGCGCCUGACACGGGCGAAGCGAUGUCAGACGCUGCGACUGCGCUGCACAAAAUUUUGACUGCCGUGCAGGUGUAUUUCGACACCUCGGGGAAGGCGACGGUAUCAGCGACUCCGGAGCUGCCAUCAUUGGCGUUGCUAGCACUGCAGGCGGCAAGGAUCUGCCUCGAAUGGAUAUGUAAGGCUACUCCCGGCUCGAAGGAGGAGGCUGCUGUGAUCUCCUCUGGUGCUUACCUGCUGCGCUCUGUCGAGGUUCUCAUGCGUUGCCCUAUCAUCCCCGAGCCAGAAUCCGAUACGUUGCAGAGAUGGCAUUGGGAUCUCUUCUUCAGGAGCGCUCACAUGGCUGCGAGGCUCUCGUUGGAUGCCGACGGACAUCCCAGGGCGCCGGUCAGGGGUCUGGAGACUUUCGUUGAGAAGGGGAAAGGGGGCGAGUACCUCGAGGAGGUGCUGCAUACGCGGACCGCCCUUGCGAACAAGAUGAGCUGGGCGGAUGAUUGGACGGAUGCGCCGCUAAGCCCGGGACGGAGGCUCAAACCGAAGGAGGAUUCAGGGAUCGUGCCGGAUGCGAAGCCAUUGCUGAACGGGGACACCCCGAGGAAGGCUCAGAAGCUUGCAGCGACUGAGGCGAGGCGUCGGAAAAAGAAGCGUCGGAAGCGGGACAAGAAUCCGUUCGUGGAGGCGCUGAAGGAGUCGGAAGGGGGGAAAGGUGGAUCCGCCAAAGAAUACGAGGAUCUGGAGGAUUUCAUCGUGUGCAAGCCCGGCAGGGAUUAUCGACGCCUCCUUGGACUCUGA